CACUGGCACCGACCUAUUGGCCUUAUUCGCUUCACUAAACUUUAUGGCCUGCAGUGUCUGUUUAUAUAUGUCUGUACCUACAUAUGGGCGGUACCAUAUAGGCCCACAUCCCAUUCCCAUUAAUUGAACUGUCAUCUGUAUCCAUCUAAGCCCUAAGUGUUCGCACUUUUAGCUGCUCUGCUGGUGAAAGUUUUGCUUCAGUUCACUUGCCGCAUCGGUUAUGUGCUGUGUGCUUCAACACUGUCUAAAAACUUUCCUUUUCGUUGCAUCGCUCAUGAUGCACGUGAUCAUAAUCUGUAAUAUGCUGACGGACUUCCGGGAUAUUCGUAAUGGAACCUCCUGUAAGCUAUGCGCCAAAUGGAUGAAAUACUAUUUUAAUGCUUGGACACUUCAUAGUAUGUGCGGGACGCUGCUGACCAUAGUCAAAUUCAAGGACCUUUGCUAUCUGCAGUGGUGGGUGCUCAUGACAUGUAUCUAUUUUGUAGCUGGCCUUGCAUAUCACUUGGUUCUGCAUGACUAUCAGGAUGAGUUCUAUGGCACUCAUGAGAUGGUUCGCAAUUAUUUCGCACUGGGUAUGCGAAUAUAAAAUGUAUUUGGUAUUUGUUUGCUAAUC